GCAACAAACUUGCAUUCAGACGUUGAUUUUAUCAGUGUUUCAAACACAAAGCGGCAACUCGCUUUUAUAAGUGUUUGCGGUUUAAAUUUUUUUCACUCUUCCAGUUCCCAAUGCUGUCCAGAGCCUUUUUUCAUCAUGAAAAUGCAUGGAAAGAGUUUUCAAGGUGCUCAGAUGGACAAAACACUUAACAUAGGAUAUUCCUACCAAGCUUGUCACACAUUGUAAUGACCAAUUCACACCUCAGACCUCUCCCACCCUUGGAAACAAAACAUAUGCCCAUUCACACCUCAAAUUCCUCAUGA